AUGCUGGGGGCAGUCCAGCGGAUUUUCAGUCGGGAACCUCAACAGCAGCAGGCAGCAAGUGCACCACAGGUGGGCAAUGUCCCAUCGCUGGCCUACAGCCAGGGCCUCAGCAAAAUAGAGGGGAACACAGACGCCUCCAGUGCUCGCAACGGGGGGACUCCUUCGAGGAACACAGCUGCUGCUGCUGCUUGGCAGGACAGCGAAGGGGAUUCUUACCAGUCAUCAUCAAUCUUUGACAGGCUCAGGGAGGGCAUCCUGUGCACAGCAGUCGACAACUGCCUCAUCUGCACUUCAAAGUCCAAGUGCCUCAUCUGCAACGCGCCCUUCAAGCGCAGCUCAGAAGGGGACUGCACGUGCCCCAAGAACUACGAGCUGUCUUUGGAUGGCAGCACCUGCAACCCGGUGUCUGACCCCUUCCACCCCUUCAAGAGCAUCCAGACACAGCUCAAUGAUGUCAACCAGCGGGUCGGCAAUCUGGCGGACCAGAUCACAGUGCUGACGCAGACGCUGUCAGCGCUGACUCACUUUGUGACGGGCUUUGUCACCAACACGACGGCAUGCAUCCUGCAAGACCCUCUGUGCAGCACCUGCCUCGAUGCCACCACAUGCAAGACCUGCCGGGAGGGGUACAUCCCGGGGGCGGACGGUCGCUGCCGCUGCGACGCGGCGCUGUCGGCAAACUGCCUGCAGUGCGUGGUGCCUGGCACAUGCGGGCCCACCCCGCAGCAGAGUCUCAUCGGCCCCGUGUGCCAGCCCGGGUUUGAGCUUAUUACUGACCCCUCUGCGCCUGCCGAGCCUGGCAAAUGCAUCUGCGUCCCCUCCACCGCCGGCACCAACUGCGAGGCCUGCGUCAUGCCGGGGGUCUGCGCCGCGUGCGCAGGGGUCUUUACACUUGUCGAUGGCGUCUGCGGCUGCCCACUGGUGAACACCUGCCCUGCUUUCCUUGGGCCCACUGGACCGAGGGGACCUCCUGGAAUGUAUGGCCUCAAUGGGACCUUUGGAGAUACCGGCGCCACAGGCUAUACUGGGGCAGUGGGAGAUACUGGGGCAACUGGCUUCACUGGGGAAGUUGGAGCAACAGGCUUCACCGGCGCUACCGGCUUUACCGGGGAGACGGGCGCCACCGGCUUCACUGGAGCCACGGGCUUCACUGGCAGCACAGGCGCCACUGGCUUCACCGGCGAGACUGGAGCCACCGGCUUCACGGGCGCCACCGGCUUUACCGGCAGCACUGGCGCUACAGGGUUCACCGGCGAUACUGGAGCAACCGGCUUCACGGGCGCCACCGGCUUCACCGGCAGCACUGGGGCUACCGGCUUCACCGGCGAUACUGGAGCCACCGGCUUCACCGGCGCGACUGGAGCCACCGGCAGCACUGGCGCUACCGGCUUCACCGGCGAUACUGGAGCCACCGGCUUCACAGGCUUCACCGGCAGCACUGGCGCUACCGGCUUCACCGGCGCGAGUGGAGCCACCGGCUUCACUGGCGCCACCGGCUUUACCGGCAGCACUGGCGCCACCGGCUUCACCGGCGAGACUGGAGCCACCGGCUUCACCGGCGAGACUGGAGCCACCGGCUUCACUGGCGCUACCGGCUUCACCGGCGAGACUGGAGCCACCGGCUUCACGGGCGCCACCGGCUUCACCGGCAGCACUGGCGCUACAGGUGUCACCGGCGAGACUGGAGCAACCGGCUUCACGGGCGCCACCGGCUUCACCGGCAGCACUGGGGCUACCGGCUUCACCGGCGAUACUGGAGCCACCGGCUUCACGGGCGCCACCGGCUUCACCGGCAGCACUGGCGCUACAGGUGUCACCGGCGAUACUGGAGCCACCGGCUUCACAGGCUUCACCGGCUUCACGGGCAGCACUGGCGCUACCGGCUUCACCGGCGAGACUGGAGCCACCGGCUUCACGGGCGCCACCGGCUUCACCGGCAGCACUGGGGCUACCGGCUUCACCGGCGAUACUGGAGCCACCGGCUUCACCGGCGAGACUGGAGCCACCGGCUUCACUGGCGCUACCGGCUUCACCGGCGAGACUGGAGCCACCGGCUUCACGGGCGCCACCGGCUUCACCGGCAGCACUGGCGCUACAGGUGUCACCGGCGAGACUGGAGCAACCGGCUUCACGGGCGCCACCGGCUUCACGGGCAGCACUGGCGCUACCGGCUUCACCGGCGAGACUGGAGCCACCGGCUUCACGGGCGCCACCGGCUUCACCGGCAGCACUGGGGCUACCGGCUUCACCGGCGAUACUGGAGCCACCGGCUUCACGGGCGCCACCGGCUUCACCGGCAGCACUGGCGCUACCGGCUUCACCGGCGAUACUGGAGCCACCGGCUUCACAGGCUUCACCGGCAGCACUGGCGCUACCGGCUUCACCGGCGCGACUGGAGCCACCGGCAGCACUGGCGCCACCGGCUUCACCGGCGAGACUGGAGCCACCGGCUUCACCGGCGAGACUGGAGCCACCGGGUUCACUGGCGCUACCGGCUUCACCGGCGAGACUGGAGCCACCGGCUUCACGGGCGCCACCGGCUUCACCGGCAGCACUGGCGCUACAGGUGUCACCGGCGAGACUGGAGCAACUGGCUUCACGGGCGCCACCGGCUUCACGGGCAGCACUGGCGCUACCGGCUUCACCGGCGAGACUGGAGCCACCGGCUUCACGGGCGCUACCGGCAUUACCGGCAGCACUGGCGCUACCGGCUUCACCGGCGAGACUGGAGCAACCGGCUUCACGGGCGCCACCGGAUUUACCGGCAGCACUGGCGCUACCGGCUUCACUGGCGAGACUGGAGCAACUGGCUUCACCGGUGCUACGGGCUUCACCGGCAGCACUGGAUUUACCGGCUUCACCGGCGAGACUGGCGCUACUGGCUUCACCGGCAGCACUGGCCCUACUGGCUUCACCGGCGCCAGUGGCUUCACCGGCAGCACUGGCGCUACCGGCGAGACUGGAGCCACAGGCUUCACCGGCAGCACCGGCAGCACUGGCGCUACAGGCUUCACAGGCGAGACUGGAGCCACCGGCUUCACAGGCGCCACCGGCUCCACCGGCAAUACUGGUGCUACAGGCUUCACAGGCGAGACUGGAGCCACAGGCUUCACCGGCAGCACCGGCUUCACCGGCGAGACUGGAGCCACAGGCGCUACCGGCUUCACAGGCGAAACUGGAGCAACGGGCUUCACCGGCAGCACGGGAUCUACUGGGUUCACCGGCGAGACUGGAGCCACAGGCGCCACCGGCUUCACUGGCAGUACUGGCGCUACAGGCUUCACAGGCGUGACUGGAGCCACAGGCUUCACCGGCAGCACUGGUGCUACCGGCUUCACCGGGGAGACUGGAGCCACAGGCUUCACAGGCAGCACUGGCGCUACCGGCUUCACCGGCGAAACUGGAGCAAGGGGCUUCACAGGCGCGACUGGCUUCACCGGCAGCACUGGAGCAACAGGCUUCACAGGAUCCACUGGAGCUACGGGCUUCACUGGAGCCACCGGUGGGACUGGAGCAACAGGUUUCACAGGUUUCACUGGAGCUACCGGCAUCACUGGAGACAUUGGAGCCACUGGGGUGACUGGAGCAACAGGACUCACCGGCGCUACCGGAGCAACUGGCUUCACUGGAGCCACUGGCUUUACCGGCAAUACUGGUGCAAGUGGCUUCACUGGAGCCACCGGCUUUACUGGCAGUACUGGUGCAACUGGCUUCACUGGCGCAACUGGCUUCACGGGCGCUACUGGCUUCACAGGAUCAACAGGCGCCACAGGGGUCUCUGGCGCGACGGGCUUCACUGGUGCUACGGGCUCCACUGGCAGCACUGGUGUCACCGGAGCAACAGGCUUCUCAGGCGCAACCGGCGCAACCGGCGCCACCGGCUUCACUGGCGCCACUGGCUUCACCGGCACAACAGGCAAUGGCUUUCUGGGAGCGAUCCAGAGCCUCUUCAACAAGGCGAGCCAACCAGAGCAGGCGGCCGGGUCCCUGCCCCCGGCCGCCAGCUCCGAUUUUGUCCCUUCGCUGGCGUUCAGCCAAGGCCUGACAAAUAUCAAGGUGGUCCCAAACGGCUCCAGCACACCAGCCAGUGGCGCCGGCUGGGAGAAGGGCUGGAAGCAGGAUGGCCCCUGGAGACCUAGUGAGAGCGACAAUGUCUUGGACAGACUAAAGGCAAGCGCUGUUGUCAACCAUGGAUAUACUAGAAUCCUCAUUAACUUUAAUUCCUUCCUUUUGACUGUCAUGUGCCUGGAUGGUGUCGUCUGCGCAACGGUAGCCAACUGCCUCAUCUGCCCUACAGCAGCAAAGUGCCUCAUCUGCAAUGCCCCCUUCAGGCGCAGCUGGGAUGGAGACUGCGUAUGCCCGAAGAACUACGAGCUGGCGUCAGAUGGCAGCACCUGCAACCCGGUGUCUGACCCGUUCCACCCUUUCAAGAGCAUCCAGACGCAGCUGACCGAUGUCAACCAGCGAAUCGGCAGCCUGGCAGACCAGAUUACGGUGCUGACGCAAACGCUCACCACGGUGACGCAAUUCAUUAACACUUUUUCAGGCUACAUCAGCAAUACAACAGCCUGCAUACAGCAGGAUCCCCUGUGCGAGUUCUGCCUCAAUGCCGACACCUGCAAACUCUGCCGGGAGGGGUACAGCCCGGGGGCGGACGGCCGCUGCCGCUGCGACGCGGCGUUGUCGGCAAAUUGCCUGCAGUGCGUGGUGCCCGGCACAUGCGGGCCCACACCGCAGCAAAGCCUCACAGGCCCCGUGUGUGAGCCCGGAUUUGCUCUCGUUACGGACCCUGCGGCCCCCAACGAGCCUGGAAAAUGUGUCUGCGUUCCCUCCACUGCCGGCCCAAACUGCGACGCAUGCGUCGUGCCGGGGGUUUGCGCCGCAUGCUCCGGGGUCUUCGUGCAAGUAAACGGCGUCUGCGCCUGCCCAAGCACCAACAAGUGCCCAGCCUUCAUCGGCCCUACAGGGCCUCAGGGGCUUCCAGGUCCAUAUGGACAGAAUGGCACUUUUGGGGCAACGGGCGCCACAGGCAUCACGGGGACCAAGGGAGAUACAGGAGCUACCGGCUUCACUGGAGCCACUGGGGAGACUGGAGCAACAGGCUUCACAGGCGCUACCGGCUUCACUGGGGAGACGGGCGCAACCGGCUUCACAGGAGCCACGGGCUUCACCGGCAGCACUGGCGCCACUGGCUUCACAGGAUCCACUGGAGCUACCGGCUUCACUGGAGACACCGGAGCAACUGGCUUCACUGGAGCCACUGGGGAGACUGGAGCAACAGGCUUCACCGGCGCUACCGGCUUCACCGGGGAGACGGGCGCCACCGGCUUCACUGGAGCCACAGGCUUCACUGGCAGCACUGGCGCCACUGGCUUCACAGGAUCCACUGGAGCUACCGGCUUCACUGGAGUCACCGGAGCAAUUGGCUUCACUGGAGCCACUGGGGAGACUGGAGCAACAGGCUUCACCGGCGCUACCGGCUUCACCGGGGAGACGGGCGCCACCGGCUUCACUGGAGCCACAGGCUUCACUGGCAGCACUGGCGCCACUGGCUUCACAGGAUCCACUGGAGCUACCGGCUUCACUGGAAUCACAGGAGCAACUGGCUUCACUGGAGCCACUGGGGAGACUGGAGCAACAGGCUUUACCGGCGCUACCGGCUUCACCGGGGAGACGGGUGCCACCGGCUUCACUGGAGCCACGGGCUUCACCGGCAGCACUGGCGCUACUGGCUUCACAGGAUCCACUGGAGCUACCGGCUUCACUGGAGUCACCGGAGCAACUGGCUUCACUGGAGCCACUGGGGAGACUGGAGCAACAGGCUUCACCGGCGCUACCGGCUUCACCGGGGAGACGGGUGCCACCGGCUUCACUGGAGCCACGGGCUUCACCGGCAGCACUGGCGCUACUGGCUUCACAGGAUCCACUGGAGCUACCGGCUUCACUGGAGUCACCGGAGCAACUGGCUUCACUGGAGCCACUGGGGAGACUGGAGCAACAGGCUUCACCGGCGCUACCGGCUUCACCGGGGAGACGGGAGCCACCGGCUUCACUGGAGCCACGGGCUUCACCGGCAGCACUGGCGCCACUGGCUUCACAGGAUCCACUGGAGCUACCGGCUUCACUGGAGUCACCGGAGCAACUGGCUUCACUGGAGCCACUGGGGAGACUGGAGCAACAGGCUUCACCGGCGCUACCGGCUUCACCGGGGAGACGGGUGCCACCGGCUUCACUGGAGCCACGGGCUUCACCGGCAGCACUGGCGCCACUGGCUUCACAGGAUCCACUGGAGCUACCGGCUUCACUGGAGUCACCGGAGCAACUGGCUUCACUGGAGCCACUGGGGAGACUGGAGCAACAGGCUUCACCGGCGCUACCGGCUUCACCGGGGAGACGGGUGCCACCGGCUUCACUGGAGCCACGGGCUUCACCGGCAGCACUGGCGCCACUGGCUUCACAGGAUCCACUGGAGCUACCGGCUUCACUGGAGUCACCGGAGCAACUGGCUUCACUGGAGCCACUGGGGAGACUGGAGCAACAGGCUUCACCGGCGCUACCGGCUUCACCGGGGAGACGGGCGCCACCGGCUUCACUGGAGCCACGGGCUUCACCGGCAGCACUGGCCCCACUGGCUUCACAGGAUCCACUGGAGCUACCGGCUUCACUGGAGUCACCGGAGCAACUGGCUUCACUGGAGCCACUGGGGAGACUGGAGCAACAGGCUUCACCGGCGCUACCGGCUUCACCGGGGAGACGGGCGCCACCGGCUUCACUGGAGCCACGGGCUUCACCGGCAGCACUGGCGCCACUGGCUUCACAGGAUCCACUGGAGCUACCGGCUUCACUGGAGUCACCGGAGCAACUGGCUUCACUGGAGCCACUGGGGAGACUGGAGCAACAGGCUUCACCGGCGCUACCGGCUUCACCGGGGAGACGGGCGCCACCGGCUUCACUGGAGCCACGGGCUUCACCGGCAGCACUGGCGCUACUGGCUUCACAGGAUCCACUGGAGCUACCGGCUUCACUGGAGUCACCGGAGCAACUGGCUUCACUGGAGCCACUGGGGAGACUGGAGCAACAGGCUUCACCGGCGCUACCGGCUUCACCGGGGAGACGGGUGCCACCGGCUUCACUGGAGCCACGGGCUUCACUGGCAGCACUGGCGCCACUGGCUUCACAGGAUCCACUGGAGCUACCGGCUUCACUGGAGUCACCGGAGCAACUGGCUUCACUGGAACCACUGGGGAGACUGGAGCAACAGGCUUCACCGGACCAACCGGCUUCACCGGGGAGACGGGUGCCACCGGCUUCACUGGAGCCACGGGCUUCACUGGCAGCACUGGCGCCACUGGCUUCACAGGAUCCACUGGAGCUACCGGCUUCACUGGAGACACCGGAGCAACUGGCUUCACUGGAGCCACUGGGGAGACUGGAGCAACAGGCUUCACCGGCGCUACCGGCUUCACCGGGGAGACGGGCGCCACCGGCUUCACUGGAGCCACGGGCUUCACCGGCAGCACUGGCCCCACUGGCUUCACAGGAUCCACUGGAGCUACCGGCUUCACUGGAGUCACCGGAGCAACUGGCUUCACUGGAGCCACUGGGGAGACUGGAGCAACAGGCUUCACCGGCGCUACCGGCUUCACCGGGGAGACGGGUGCCACCGGCUUCACUGGAGCCACGGGCUUCAAUGGCAGCACUGGCGCCACUGGCUUCACAGGAUCCACUGGAGCUACCGGCUUCACUGGAGUCACCGGAGCAACUGGCUUCACUGGAGCCACUGGGGAGACUGGAGCAACAGGCUUCACCGGCGCUACCGGCUUCACCGGGGAGACGGGCGCCACCGGCUUCACUGGAGCCACGGGGUUCACCGGCAGCACUGGCGCCACUGGCUUCACAGGAUCCACUGGAGCUACCGGCUUCACUGGAGUCACCGGAGCAACUGGCUUCACUGGAGCCACUGGGGAGACUGGAGCAACAGGCUUCACCGGCGCUACCGGCUUCACCGGGGAGACGGGUGCCACCGGCUUCACUGGAGCCACGGGCUUCACCGGCAGCACUGGCGCUACUGGCUUCACAGGAUCCACUGGAGCUACCGGCUUCACUGGAGUCACCGGAGCAACUGGCUUCACUGGAGCCACUGGGGAGACUGGAGCAACAGGCUUCACCGGCGCUACCGGCUUCACCGGGGAGACGGGUGCCACCGGCUUCACUGGAGCCACGGGCUUCACUGGCAGCACUGGCGCCACUGGCUUCACAGGAUCCACUGGAGCUACCGGCUUCACUGGAGUCACCGGAGCAACUGGCUUCACUGGAGCCACUGGGGAGACUGGAGCAACAGGCUUCACCGGCGCUACCGGCUUCACCGGGGAGACGGGUGCCACCGGCUUCACUGGAGCCACGGGCUUCACUGGCAGCACUGGCGCCACUGGCUUCACAGGAUCCACGGGAGCUACCGGCUUCACUGGAGUCACCGGAGCAACUGGCUUCACCGGAGCCACUGGGGAGACUGGAGCAACAGGCUUGACCGGCGCUACCGGCUUCACCGGGGAGACGGGCGCCACCGGCUUCACGGGAGCCACCGGCUUCACUGGAGCCACGGGCUUCACUGGCAGCACUGGCGCUACUGGCUUCACAGGAUCCACUGGAGCUACCGGCUUCACUGGAGUCACCGGAGCAACUGGCUUCACUGGAACCACUGGGGAGACUGGAGCAACAGGCUUCACCGGCGCUACUGGCUUCACCGGGGAAACGGGCGCCACCGGCCUCACUGGAGCCACGGGGUUCACCGGCAGCACUGGCGCCACUGGCUUCACAGGAUCCACUGGAGCUACCGGCUUCACUGGAGUCACCGGAGCAACUGGCUUCACUGGAGCCACUGGGGAGACUGGAGCAACAGGCUUCACCGGCGCUACCGGCUUCACCGGGGAGACGGGUGCCACCGGCUUCACUGGAGCCACGGGCUUCACCGGCAGCACUGGCGCCACUGGCUUCACAGGAUCCACUGGAGCUACCGGCUUCACUGGAGUCACCGGAGCAACUGGCUUCACUGGAGCCACUGGGGAGACUGGAGCAACAGGCUUCACCGGCGCUACCGGCUUCACCGGGGAGACGGGCGCCACCGGCUUCACUGGAGCCACGGGGUUCACCGGCAGCACUGGCGCCACUGGCUUCACAGGCUUCACCGGCGCUACUGGCUUCACCGGGGAAACGGGCGCCACCGGCUUCACUGGAGCCACGGGCUUCACUGGCAGCACUGGCGCCACUGGCUUCACAGGAUCCACUGGAGCUACCGGCUUCACUGGAGUCACCGGAGCAACUGGCUUCACUGGAGCCACUGGGGAGACUGGAGCAACAGGCUUCACCGGCGCUACCGGCUUCACCGGGGAGACGGGUGCCACCGGCUUCACUGGAGCCACGGGCUUCACCGGCAGCACUGGCGCUACUGGCUUCACAGGAUCCACUGGAGCUACCGGCUUCACUGGAGUCACCGGAGCAACUGGCUUCACUGGAGCCACUGGGGAGACUGGAGCAACAGGCUUCACCGGCGCUACCGGCUUCACCGGGGAGACGGGUGCCACCGGCUUCACUGGACCCACGGGCUUCACUGGCAGCACUGGCGCCACUGGCUUCACAGGAUCCACUGGAGCUACCGGCUUCACUGGAGUCACCGGAGCAACUGGCUUCACUGGAGCCACUGGGGAGACUGGAGCAACAGGCUUCACCGGCGCUACUGGCUUCACCGGGGAAACGGGCGCCACCGGCUUCACUGGAGCCACGGGCUUCACUGGCAGCACUGGCGCCACUGGCUUCACAGGAUCCACUGGAGCUACCGGCUUCACUGGAGUCACUGGAGCAACUGGCUUCACUGGAGCCACUGGGGAGACUGGAGCAACAGGCUUCACCGGCGCUACCGGCUUCACCGGGGAGACGGGUGCCACCGGCUUCACUGGAGCCACGGGCUUCACCGGCAGCACUGGCGCUACUGGCUUCACAGGAUCCACUGGAGCUACCGGCUUCACUGGAGUCACUGGAGCAACUGGCUUCACUGGAGCCACUGGGGAGACUGGAGCAACAGGCUUCACCGGCGCUACCGGCUUCACCGGGGAGACGGGUGCCACCGGCUUCACUGGAGCCACCGGCUUCACUGGCAACACUGGCGCUACUGGCUUCACAGGAUCCACUGGAGCUACCGGCUUCACUGGAGUCACCGGAGCAACUGGCUUCACUGGAACCACUGGGGAGACUGGAGCAACAGGCUUCACCGGCGCUACUGGCUUCACCGGGGAAACGGGCGCCACCGGCCUCACUGGAGCCACGGGGUUCACCGGCAGCACUGGCGCCACUGGCUUCACAGGAUCCACUGGAGCUACCGGCUUCACUGGAGUCACCGGAGCAACUGGCUUCACUGGAGGCACUGGGGAGACUGGAGCAACAGGAUUCACCGGCGCUACCGGCUUCACCGGGGAGACGGGCGCCACCGGCUUCACUGGAGCCACGGGCUUCACUGGCAGCACUGGCGCCACUGGCUUCACAGGAUCCACUGGAGCUACCGGCUUCACUGGAGUCACCGGAGCAACUGGCUUCACUGGAGCCACUGGGGAGACUGGAGCAACAGGCUUCACCGGCGCUACCGGCUUCACCGGGGAGACGGGUGCCACCGGCUUCACUGGAGCCACGGGCUUCACCGGCAGCACUGGCGCUACUGGCUUCACAGGAUCCACUGGAGCUACCGGCUUCACUGGAGUCACCGGAGCAACUGGCUUCACUGGAGCCACUGGGGAGACUGGAGCAACAGGCUUCACCGGCGCUACCGGCUUCACCGGGGAGACGGGCGCCACCGGCUUCACUGGAGCCACGGGGUUCACCGGCAGCACUGGCGCCACUGGCUUCACAGGCUUCACCGGCGCUACUGGCUUCACCGGGGAAACGGGCGCCACCGGCUUCACUGGAGCCACGGGCUUCACUGGCAGCACUGGCGCCACUGGCUUCACAGGAUCCACUGGAGCUACCGGCUUCACUGGAGUCACCGGAGCAACUGGCUUCACUGGAGGCACUGGGGAGACUGGAGCAACAGGCUUCACCGGCGCUACCGGCUUCACCGGGGAGACGGGCGCCACCGGCUUCACUGGAGCCACGGGCUUCACUGGCAGCACUGGCGCCACUGGCUUCACAGGAUUCACUGGAGCUACCGGCUUCACUGGAGUCACCGGAGCAACUGGCUUCACUGGAGCCACUGGGGAGACUGGAGCAACAGGCUUCACCGGCGCUACCGGCUUCACCGGGGAGACGGGCGCCACCGGCUUCACUGGAGCCAUGGGCUUCACUGGCAGCACUGGCGCCACUGGCUUCACAGGAUCCACUGGAGCUACCGGCUUCACUGGAGUCACCGGAGCAACUGGCUUCACUGGAACCACUGGGGGGACUGGAGCAACAGGCUUCACCGGCGCUACUGGCUUCACUGGGGAAACGGGCGCCACCGGCCUCACUGGAGCCACGGGCUUCACUGGCAGCACUGGCGCCACUGGCUUCACAGGAUCCACUGGAGCUACCGGCUUCACUGGAGUCACCGGAGCAACUGGCUUCACUGGAGGCACUGGGGAGACUGGAGCAACAGGCUUCACCGGCGCUACCGGCUUCACCGGGGAGACGGGCGCCACCGGCUUCACUGGAGCCACGGGCUUCACUGGCAGCACUGGCGCCACUGGCUUCACAGGAUUCACUGGAGCUACCGGCUUCACUGGAGUCACCGGAGCAACUGGCUUCACUGGAGCCACUGGGGAGACUGGAGCAACAGGCUUCACCGGCGCUACCGGCUUCACCGGGGAGACGGGUGCCACCGGCUUCACUGGAGCCACGGGCUUCACUGGCAGCACUGGCGCCACUGGCUUCACAGGAUCCACAGGCGCUACCGGCUUCACCGGCGCUACCGGCUUCACCGGGGAGACGGGCGCCACCGGCUUCACUGGAGCCACAGGCUUCACUGGCAGCACUGGCGCCACUGGCUUCACAGGAUCCACUGGAGCUACCGGCUUCACUGGAGUCACCGGAGCAACUGGCUUCACUGGAGCCACUGGGGAGACUGGAGCAACAGGCUUCACCGGCGCUACUGGCUUCACCGGGGAAACGGGUGCCACCGGCUUCACUGGAGCCACGGGCUUCACUGGCAGCACUGGCGCCACUGGCUUCACAGGAUCCACUGGAGCUACCGGCUUCACUGGAGUCACCGGAGCAACUGGCUUCACUGGAGCCACUGGGGAGACUGGAGCAACAGGCUUCACAGGCGCUACCGGCUUCACCGGGGAGACGGGCGCCACCGGCUUCACUGGAGCCACGGGCUUCACUGGCAGCACUGGCGCCACUGGCUUCACAGGAUCCACUGGAGCUACCGGCUUCACUGGAGUCACCGGAGCAACUGGCUUCACUGGAGCCACUGGGGAGACUGGAGCAGCAGGCUUCACCGGCGCUACCGGCUUCACCGGGGAGACGGGCGCCACCGGCUUCACUGGAGCCACGGGCUUCACUGGCAGCACUGGCGCCACUGGCUUCACAGGAUCCACUGGAGCUACCGGCUUCACUGGAGUCACCGGAGCAACUGGCUUCACUGGAGCCACUGGGGAGACUGGAGCAGCAGGCUUCACCGGCGCUACUGGCUUCACCGGGGAGACGGGCGCCACCGGCUUCACUGGAGCCACGGGCUUCACUGGCAGCACUGGCGCCACUGGCUUCACAGGAUCCACUGGAGCUACCGGCUUCACUGGAGUCACCGGAGCAACUGGCUUCACUGGAGCCACUGGGGAGACUGGAGCAACAGGCUUCACCGGCGCUACCGGCUUCACCGGGGAGACGGGCGCCACCGGCUUCACUGGAGCCACGGGCUUCACCGGCAGCACUGGCGCCACUGGCUUCACAGGAUCCACAGGCGCUACCGGCUUCACCGGCGCUACCGGCUUCACUGGGGAGACGGGCGCCACCGGCUUCACUGGAGCCACAGGCUUCACUGGCAGCACUGGCGCCACUGGCUUCACAGGAUCCACUGGAGCUACCGGCUUCACUGGAGUCACCGGAGCAACUGGCUUCACUGGAGCCACUGGGGGGACUGGAGCAACAGGCUUCACCGGCGCUACCGGCUUCACCGGGGAGACGGGCGCCACCGGCUUCACUGGAGCCACGGGCUUCACUGGUGCCACUGGACAGACUGGAAGCACAGGCGCCACAGGGGUCACAGGGGCCACAGGCUCAACAGGCUCCACUGGAGCAACAGGUAUCACCGGGGCCACAGGUCUCACAGGUGCCACAGGCUUCACCGGCUUCACUGGAGCCACGGGCUUCACUGGCAGCACUGGCGCCACUGGCUUCACAGGUGCCACUGGACAGACUGGAAGCACAGGCGCCACAGGGGUCACUGGGGCCACAGGCUCAACAGGCUCCACUGGAGCAACAGGUAUCACCGGGGCCACGGGUCUCACAGGUGCUACAGGCUUUACCGGCGCUACCGGCUUCACCGGCGCUACCGGCUUCACCGGCUUCACUGGAGCCACGGGCUUCACUGGCAGCACUGGCGCCACUGGCUUCACAGGUGCCACUGGACAGACUGGAAGCACAGGCGCCACAGGGGUCACAGGGGCCACAGGCUCAACAGGCUCCACUGGAGCAACAGGUAUCACCGGGGCCACAGGUCUCACAGGUGCCACAGGCUUCACCGGCUUCACUGGAGCCACGGGCUUCACUGGCAGCACUGGCGCCACUGGCUUCACAGGUGCCACUGGACAGACUGGAAGCACAGGCGCCACAGGGGUCACUGGGGCCACAGGCUCAACAGGCUCCACUGGAGCAACAGGUAUCACCGGGGCCACGGGUCUCACAGGUGCUACAGGCUUUACCGGCGCUACCGGCUUCACCGGCGCUACCGGCUUCACCGGCUUCACUGGAGCCACGGGCUUCACUGGCAGCACUGGCGCCACUGGCUUCACAGGUGCCACUGGACAGACUGGAAGCACAGGCGCCACAGGGGUCACAGGGGCCACAGGCUCAACAGGCUCCACUGGAGCAACAGGUAUCACCGGGGCCACAGGUCUCACAGGUGCCACAGGCUUCACCGGCGCUACCGGCUUCACCGGCGCUACCGGCUUCACUGGCUCUACAGGGGCAACUGGUGUCACUGGGGCAACAGGCGCCACUGGCAGUACGGGCUUCACUGGUGCUACGGGCUUUACUGGCUCUACCGGUGUCACUGGGGCAACAGGCUUCACUGGCGCAACAGGGGCAACUGGUGUCACUGGGGCAACAGGCGCCACUGGCACUACGGGCUUCACUGGUGCUACGGGCUUUACUGGCUCUACCGGUGUCACUGGGGCAACAGGCUUCACUGGCGCAACAGGGGCAACUGGUGUCACUGGGGCAACAGGCGCCACUGGCAGUACGGGCUUCACUGGUGCUACGGGCUCUACUGGCUCUACCGGUGUCACUGGGGCAACAGGCUUCACUGGCGCAACAGGCGCCACUGGCAGUACGGGCUUCACUGGUGCUAUGGGCUUCACUGGCUCUACUGGUGUCACUGGCGCAACAGGCCUCACUGGCGCAACAGGAGCAACUGGUGUCACUGGGGCAACAGGCGCUACUGGACAGACAGGAGGCACGGGAGUCACUGGCUCCACCGGAGCCACUGGCGCUACGGGAUCCACUGGCUCUACUGGCUCCACUGGUGUCACUGGCGCUACUGGCCUUACAGGCGCCAGUGGGAGGACCGGCGCCACAGGUCACUGGGUGUCCUGUGAAGAAGAAGUGCCAUAUGCCAUGCGGCCAUAUGGCAUGUUCAACAUGGCCGCAUCUGUUGUCUCAGCAAUGGAUCGGGAAGGUGUUCAGAUAGAAGUGUGCGAGGCCUUUGGCAUCUUUAUAGCGAGACUUUUUUCAUGA